AUGGCGCCGCUCCCGUGCACCAAGGCGUUUAUGACAAACUACGCGUCCAACAUGAGUGUGACCGUGAAUGCCAACUGCUACCUUCGCCAUGGCCUGCUGAAUGGGUCGAUUGAUUCGCUGCGGAUAGCCACCGAGGACUGCCAAGUGACCAACUGCAAGUCGCUGAUCACUGAGAUCUACGUGUUCACGAGCUCCGACUGCACAUUCGUCGAGUCUCAAACGGGCAACCAAUGGCAGUGGACGAACUUGUACAAGUUUUGCGAUAUCCCCGUAGCGACCACCACUAUCGCCACAUCCCGACUACCUACGACGUCGGCGCCUUCGUCAUUCAAGCCGGUGACGAGAGCGCCCAUCUCGACUUCGUCAUCCAGCGGUGACUCGAUGCCCCCAUUCACGAUAUGGCCGGACGGAUCGAUCACGUUGACCUCGGAACCGACCUGGUUUGAAUCCAACAAAGCUGUUGUCAUUGGGGUGAGUGUCGGCGUGCUGCUGCUGCUGACUCUGGUUGUGUUUUUCUGCCGACGCAACCAACAACAGCGUGCCACCGACAUCCCGACUCGGGUUCCGUACGCCCCAGUCCAAGAUACCGCCACUCAACAAGUACAACGCUCUAAUAACCUCAACAGCCACCAGCCACCAAAGGGGAGCUAUCCCUCCACGAUGGCCACCGGGGCCACCGGCACCACGACCGCCACCGGCAACAAGACCUCGUCAGGUAGCAUGAUCCCCGACGGUGUGCUCGACAUGUGUGGCCUCGACAUGCAUCGCAUCGCGUCCAACGAAGUCCGACCAGUGCAAGCCAUCGCCCAAGGCGCGUAUGGCGAAGUCUGGCUCGGCCAAUAUCUUGGUCAAAAGGUCGCCAUGAAAAAACUACUCACGUCCACACCUGUGACAGUGUCGGACUUGCAAAAGUUCAUAUGGGAAAUCUCCCUCUUGGCCAAGAUUCACUCGCCGUACGUGGUGCAGUUCGUGGGGGUGACGUGGACCAAGCCAGCCGAUAUGACGCUCGUGACUGAAUACAUGGCCGGCGGCGACCUCCGCGGUGUGCUCGUCGCUAACUCGUCUGCCCAGUCAUUUAAGUGGUACCACAAGGUACAAUGUGCGCUGCACAUUGCCGAGGGGUUAGUGUACCUCCACACGAUGGACCCAAAGGUGAUUCACCGCGAUUUGAAGUCGCGCAACGUACUGCUGGACGCCGACUUUAACGCCAAGAUCACGGAUUUUGGCAUUGCGAGGGAGACGGACGACGCCACCAUGACCGCGGGCAUCGGCACGUACCGGUGGAUGGCGCCAGAGGUGCUCAUGGACGGCCACUACUCGGAACUGGCGGAUUUGUUCAGUUUCGGCGUGAUUCUGAGCGAGUUGAGUACGGAACUGGUGCCGUACUCGGACUUGCGCAACGGCGCCGGCAACGCAUUCACGGACACGGCCAUCAUGGCCAAGGUCAUGAUCGGCCAACUGCAGCCGUCGUUCGCCCCCGACUGUCCUGCGUGGUUUGCGACCCUCGCAAGGGAGUGUCUGGCGCUGAGUCCCGCCGCCCGACCAAGUGCCAUGCAAGCGGCAUAUCGACUGCGAUUGCACGUGGAGAGCAACACUCGAUGUAUUAAUAGUUACUAGUCGCGAUAAAUCUCUCACCUGGGCCUAAGCCAAUAAGAACUCGUAAAUGGAGGGAAGUACAUCUCCUACGUAGUAUACAUUACUGUAGCCAAUACAUAUUCGACAUUGAAUUAACUGUAAACAAGAG